AAUCUGACUCAGAAAUCAGGAAACGGAGCCAACAAGGAGUCUGGGGACAAAAGGAUGAGAAGUAGUUUCAAAAUAUUCUGAACAAGCUCUCAUACCGGAGGAAGAAGCAAAGUUUUUUUUCACUUUGAGUAUUUAUAUCGAGGUGGAAAUGCAGCUCAACAUGAAUCUCCAUUUUACUUUCUUCCUCAUAAUUGAAGUCUUUGUAUUCCCAACAUGUAUUGAUGGCUUCAUAAGUAGACACCCAUACGCUCAUCUGCCCGGACAUCAACAAAGGGAAGAGGACACCUACUCAAAUCCAUACAGACCGAAGCAAAGCUUUCCUCGAACAGAAGCCAGUCAGCCUUUAAACAAGGCUGCAGAAACCAACACUGGCCAAUGCGUCCAGUGUUGUGAUCGUGUUGACCCUUCCACACGUCGCAAACUUCGUUACCAUUACUACAAUGAUGAUCCACCAGAAUUUCAAGCAAUUCCUCAGAUCAACCUCUCUAUUCUCAAAGGUGAGAAGGGUGAAAAAGGUCCACGAGGUUUUUACGGCAAGCAUGGAAAAGUUGGAGCUCCUGGACCACCGGGGCCAUCAGGUUUAAAGGGUGAAAAGGGAAAUACAGGGAAGUUUGGAGAUCCUUGCAAACUGUACUAUGCUGCUUUCUCAGUGGGCCGAAAGAAGGAACUACACAGUAAUAAUUACUAUCAGAUAUUGGUGUUUGAUACUGUGUAUGUCAAUCUGUAUGAUCAGUUUAAUAUGUUCACAGGGAAGUUUUAUUGCACCAUCCCAGGUAUUUAUCACUUCAACCUAAAUGUGCACACCUGGAAUCAGAAAGAAACCUACAUGCACAUCAUGAAAAAUGAUGAGGAGGUUGUUAUCCUUUAUGCCCAACCCAGUGAUCGCAGCAUCAUGCAAAGUCAAAGCAUUAUGAUGGAUCUGGAGCAGAAUGAUGAAGUCUGGAUUCGCUUGUUCAAAGGGGAACGAGAGAAUGCCAUUUUCAGUGAUGGAUUUGAUACCUAUAUCACCUUUAAUGGUUACCUGAUAAAGCCAAACAGUGAGAACUAGCUAAACUGAGGGACAGUUACUAAGAAGCAUAUUAAAAAGAAACUACAGGUUUCUGCUUUAACAGUUUUUUUUAUCUCUCUUGAUUUGCAGUGCAUAAAAUCAAUUUGGUUACUUUGUAAAUACUUUUCAAUCUCAACUUUUAAUAGCUUUCAGCUACCCUCUCCAAAGCACAGAAAUUUUCUAUUUGUUCUCAUCUGUUUUUUUCCUGUAUUUUCCUUUGGUAUCACAGGGACUGCCAGUUUUGUCGGUACCAUAUGUUAUCAAGAGGUGAGAGUGAACUUCCAUGCCUUCCAUUUAAUGUCAGAAACAAGCACUCACUUUCCUGUAUCUGAUUUUUUUAAAUGAUUGGUGCUGUUGUAUUCCUCUGUAUUCGCUCAGUCAAUUUGCUUUCAUAACAUGACUUUGUACAAUUAUCAUUGUGCUGUCCAGGUAUGAAACAUGUUUGGAGAUUUUGAAGCUAUAGUUUAGAAAUGUCUGAGUUGUAAUGCAUACGAAUUUUAAAAAAUUAUCUUCUGAGAUGAGAUAUCCGAAAUUACUGAAAAGCUUCUACUCUGUGGUUAUGUGGAAGGGAGAAUUUUAAGCUGGCUGUCUAGAAAUGGGCUAAAUGGAUUGUAGAGUAGUAGCCCUGCAUUCUACUCUGGCUGUGAAAUUCAGUUUGGUUGAAGUAAAUGGGACUUAAUUUUGGAAGUAGAGUAGAACAUGAAGCUGACAUUAUUGACCAGGAUCUGUCUAAGGUAUAUGCAGUUUAUCUUUAACUAAACUGUUUUCUUUUCUGUUUGUCAUUGUUUUUAUACAUUCAGCUUUUGUUGCAAUUUCAUUCACUUUUUAAAAAUAAAUGUUGUGACCAUUUAAUUAUUUUAACUUACAGAUCCCCACUUGAGCAACAGUAAAACCCUGAAACAAAUGAGUCUAUACUUUAGAAAUUAUUUUAGAUGUAAAAUGGGGAUGAAAUUAUGAAAUGCAAAGCAAAAUAAAACAUUGGCAGUCCACGGCCCAUUGAUUGUGUAAGGGAGCAGGAAGAUUUUAGCUCUUAGACCCUCAUCUGCUUAUCUGCUCUCAGUUACCUGGCUGAGUUGGCUAAAAGCAAAGUGAAAUCAAAGCAGGAUGUGCUGGAGAUACUCAGGCAGCAUUUAUAGAGAUGCACAGUAAAUGUUCAGAUCAACAUUCAGAUUCUUCUGAGUAUUUCCAGCACAUCCUGUUUUUAUUUCAGAUUUCCAUCAUCUGCAGUUUUUUGAUUUUCAACCAGCCAGGUGUCCCUCCUAUAUACUGGAGAUAUGUGUUAUCAUGACUUGUGGUCCAUUUUACAGAAUUCAUGCUGGUGGUCAUUUUGUGCAAUUUUGUUAUACAGCCCACAUGGGGAUCUUGCAGUAUUCAAAGGAGGCUUCUUCUGCUUUCACACUUCCUUUGGCAGAAGGCCGGCUCCUUGCUUUCUCCGCACUGCUGAACUCCUGCAAAGUCUUGUGAUGCACCAAAGACAUCUGUUCCCUUGAAAACCACCGACCAUAACUGCUGGCUAUUUAAAUCCCAUGGAAGUUCCUGAUUUCUUACCUUGCUUCCUUAAUGUUAGUGAGACUGCUUGCAGUUUUAGAAUUAAAAGCAGAAAAUGCUGGAAACACUCAGCUGGUCAGGCAGCAUCUAUAGAAAAGGAAACAGAGUUAAUAUUUCAAGUUGAAGGCCCUUUGUCAGAACUGGGAAUGUGAGAAAACAUGUUAGCUUUAAGAUGCAGAGAUGCUAUCACCACUGCACUCUGAGAAGGGUCCUGACCCGAAAUAUUGACGGCCUGCUUUCCUCCAUGGAUGCUGCCUGGCCUGCUGAGUUCCUCCAGCAUCAUCGUGUUUUUCACCAUUGCACCCUGGCCUCACUUUAUCAGAGAUAUUCCCUUUGUCAUAUCCAUCCCUCCACUCUACUCUGCAACUUUAACUUGUUUUCUCACUUUCCCAGUUUUGACAACAAGUCUUCAACCUGAAUCCUUAACCCUGUUUUCCUUUCCAUGGGUGCUGCCUGACCAGCUGAGUGUCUCCAGCAUUUUCUAGUUUUAUUUCAGAUUUCUUCAGCUUUCUUUUGAUUUUUGUUUGCAGUUUUAGAAGUUGCAUGAGCAACUGGAGAUUGGGCAGGUGCUGUUGCUGCACUUUCUGACUUCUGGCCAAACUUAUUGCCAAUUGGCACUUUAUUACAGCAAUAAUAAGGAAGCAACAUUUAGAUGAGCCAACUAAUAUAUUUUUUUACCAUAAUAUGUGAAAUAAUAAAUUUAUAGAAAUAGUGGUUGAUGAAAUGGGAGUGUGCCCUAUUGAAUCCUAAAUAUCAGUUCCUGUAGGGUCAGUCCUGUGAGGUAGAUCGUCAGGUAGCACUGAAAGUUGUCUCUAACGAUGAGUGGUUUCAGCUUUGAUCAUAGUUUGAAAUAACCUUGACACCUGCUUCAAAAUGUUAACCUAUUAAAAUGCUUCACCAAUGCAGUUUAUAGAAAAACAAAAAUAAUAAUUACAAAAAUUAUAAAAUUGUAUUUGUGUAUUGCUGUCUUCAUGA